AUGGUAAGGGUCAUCCUGAUUCCUCACGAUGAAUCCAAAGAUAUCGAAGCACAUUCCAUCACUGUAGACAAUACCGGUUCCAUCGUAGCUUCCAUCAAGCAACUGAUACACGACAGGGAUUACUUGGAAACCCCUCUACUUAGGCCUCGAAAUGAGACUGCUGGAUUGUAUGCAUACUUCAACAAUCCUACUGAUGCAGGAGAGGAAAAGAGCCAACUGGCAAAUGUUCGAGCUACGAGACUUGCAAUGGCAUGUGGACUUUUGUCACUUCGAUUCUUUGGCAAUGUCCUCUUGGUUCGAGGUUUUGGAUUUCGUUGGGAGGAUUUAUCAUUGAACGAGAUUGACGGAGCGACUGUCAUCUCUCCCGACUUGAGAGAUUGUAUACAAAAGGAAGUAGUUUCUAUAAAACACAACACAAAUAUGUCAUCGGAGCGAAUCGCAAAAUGGCUAGCAGAUGCGGCACAGAAUAAUUAUCAUGACAAGGCUGCGUUGGCAAAAGUGGCGAGGGCAAUGGAUACAGAAUAUGUGGAUGAGGAUGAUGAUGAUGAUGAUGAUGAUGAUGAAAUCGACAGUGACGAGAAAGGCGAAAAAGACAUCAAUAGCGACGAUGGUGGACAAAAAGUUGCGGAUCCAUCUACUGCUGCAAACACUGGCGAGUCGACGACCGAAUUUAUUGCCAAAAGUCCGCUGUGCCUGCACUGUCGAUCAAAACUUGCUCCGAUACUUUGUGCAGAUUGUGACGGUGCCUACUUUUGUUGCACAGAAGAAAAGAACUGUCGGAAAACAGGGUGGUCUCAUUCCUGCCUUUGUCCAACCUGGAAAGUCUACACAUCACACCGAGAGGAACUAUCACAUUUUCCAUUCUUUGGGGAGUGGCAAAAGGAGCUGACGACCCGUCCCUUUCAAACCCAGGAAAAGCCAUAUGCCAUCUUCCUCAGGUCAUCACUAGGUAUACAGGAAGACUGCUCAUCAUGGUGGACAACCGAGACUUAUGGAUGGGGCGGUGGCGAGAGUGAUAGUGCCAAGAAAGUGAAUGCCUCCUUGCGAAAGUCCUAUGCCGAAGGGUUUCAUCCCAUUCAAGAGAUUCCACCAGAACGACAAAUCUCCAACGAGGAUGCCCAACGCGCCAAUCUGACACGGAAUAGCCUUGGCUUUGUCAACCUUACUUCCUGGGAGGACUAUUACUUGCUUCGUGGAAUUUCCACCAAGACCAGUCCAGUGGCGUUACUUUGUACAUUUCCAUUGACAGUCUACUACUCGAUUUUGAAAUAUGGAGAGGUGCCAGUGACAGUGGCUCGAAUGCUGAAAAGAAGACUGAGGAUACAUCUGGUUGGAGCCGAAAAGGAGAUGAAUUUUCUGGACCUAUUCAAGGAAGUGAUUUACCUGCUUCCAACCGAUAUCGAGCUGGAGCUGGUGUUUGUCGUUCGGCAGGAUAUGCUUCCUUCGAAUUGUGGAAAAAGGGCGGAUGGAUCAUACUCACUCCAAAUAGAUCUGGCACCAGGACUGACGAUAUUCAUCACAAGUGGUACAUAUGGAGACUCACUGGACCCUAAAUUUGACUGUGGCUCUGGUGCACCUGAUAUGGUCCUCGCGCUAAAUGCUGGACUAUAUGCUUAUGAAAGCUGGAGGAGCGUCGUCACAUUUUUGUACGAAAAUACUGGUGUCGUCGGUGUAUUCAGCGACUACAAUGAGUACAGUGGUGUCAAUUGCGCGUCGAUGGGAGGUUCCAAAAGUCGAGAUAGUUUAUGUAUCAACCCAUUCCGACAGCCACUGGCAAUGCCCGUCUAUUCCAUGAACCUGCCUCAGUUUUCGAACGGUUUCCUUUAUGCCUUCAACAAGCAAGACUUGGACUUUUAG